AUGGACAAAUAUGCCCUGGUGCUUGGUGCUGUUCUUGCACUGUGUGUGCUCUACGCUCGGCUCAACAGCAAGUUCUCUCGACUGCCUCCUGGCCCACCUGGACUACCCUUCAUCGGCAACCUUCUCCAAGUGCCCUCCAAGCUUCCGUUCUUGAAAUUCGCACACUGGGUAAAUAAAUAUGGCCCGACAUACAGCCUCAAUGUGUUAGGACAACCAUGGGUUGUGAUCAGCGAUGUUGACACGGCCGCCGAUAUCUUGGACCGAAUGUCGAAUGACACUGGCGAACGUCCUCGAUUGAUCAAGGCCGGCGAGUUCCUAGAGCAUGGUCGUAAUUUGGCCAUAAUGCCCAAGAACGACCUAUGGCGCGUUAUGCGGAAGGUUACCCACGAAAGUCUGAACAGUCGAACGUUCUUGAGCCGUGUGUCUAUCCAAGAGGAGGAAGCGGCUUUGCUGGUUCAAGGACUUCUCCUCCACCCUGAAAUCUCGAUGGAAACUCAUGUACAUCGAACCACUUCGUCGCUCAGUAUGCGCAGUCUGUAUGGCAUGCCGUUAAUUCCUAUUACAGGACCAAAUCCAUCACACAGCCUCGAAGAAAUUGCUAGCAUUCUGUUCGACGCGCUGGUACCCGGUCGAUCAGCUGUGGACAUAUUUCCUCCCCUGAAAUAUGUGAUCGAGCGAUCGCAAUGGUUGAGAGGUCCGGCGGAUAGGAUCUACAAGAAGUCAACGGAAGAGUUUAUCAAUCUUCUGGAAAACACGCCUGUGGAUGGAGAUCGGUUUCUUAGUAGUGCACUUCGAGAGAAGCAGGCUGUGCACGGCAUGUGUUUGGAAGACUCUGCUUGGUUGGCUGGUAUGCUCUACCUUGGGGCGCAAGAUACCACGGCGAUUGCCAUUAGAUGGUUAAUCAUGGCGGUCACAUUUUAUCCGGAAGUUGUCAAGAAAGCCCAGAAUAGAACUUGAUUCUGUUGUUGGACACCAUCCACCAACCUCCGAAGAUCUAGCACAAUUGCCCUACAUCGAAGCAAUUGUCAAGGAAGUCCUGCGAUGGCGUCCCC